GAGGCCUGCCGGGAAGGAUGCUCGGCCCUGCGUAGGUUUCCCCAAGAUGGCAGCCCUGGAAGAAGAAUUCACGUUGUCGGGGGUCCCUCUGGGCGCCGGGCCUGACGGACUCCUAGGCGUGGAACCUAGCGACAAAACAGACCAGUUUCUGGUGACAGACAGUGGCAGGACUGUCAUCCUCUAUAAGGUGUCUGAUCAGAAACCUUUGGGGAGCUGGUCAGUGAAGCAAGGUCAAACUAUAACAUGUCCAGCUGUGUGCAACUUUCAAACUGGAGAGUAUAUUGUUGUCCAUGAUGACAAGGUUUUGAGAAUAUGGAAUAAUGAAGAUGUAAACUUGGAUAAAGUAUUUAAAGCUACAUUGGCAGCUGAGGUAUAUAGGAUACAUUCAAUACAAGGGACAGAACCACUAGUGCUAUUCAAGAAAGGUGCUGUUCGUGGUUUGGAGGCCUUGCUUGCAGAACCCCAGCAGAAAAUUGAAACCGUCAUCUCUGAUGAAGAAAUGAUUAAGUGGACAAAGAUUUUCAUGGUAUUUAAGCAUCCUGUUUUAAUUUUUAUUACUGAAAAACACGGAAAUUAUUUUGCUUAUGUACAAAUGUGUAACUCACGUAUCCUAAGCAGAUACACACUCUUACCUGGACGAGAAGAAAAACCUGUCAUACAGAGUUUUACGGCAUCUGUAGAUCGGAAGUUUAUCUUGUUGAUGUCAUUAAGCUCUGAUGGAUGCAUAUAUGAAACCCUGAUACCAACACAUCCAAGUGAUCCAGAAAAAAAUCAGGUGGUAGUUAGGUCACUGUUGCUCAAGGCAGUUGUGUCUGGUAAUGCUCCAAAUGGUGUUGCACUCAGCGUCCUGGAUCGAGAUCACGUAGCGGUCCUGGAAACUUCACCAUCAGCUCCUAAGGACUGCCUCUCCAUAUGGAAUAUCAAAUUUCAAACGUUGCAGGCUUCCAAAGAGUUACUGCAAGGGACCAGCGGUCAACUCUGGUAUUAUAGGGAAAAUCUGUUUAUGCUACAUGGAAAAUUUCUGACCGUGAUUCCAUACAAGUGUAAAAUGUCAUCAUUAGCCGGCGCACUUGGAAAACUCAAGCAUAUUCAAGACCCAGGCACUCAUGCUGUGCCCCAUUUUGUGAACUGGGAAACAUCUCAGGAAUAUGGACUUGGAUCACAGAACUCAGAGCAGUCGAGAAUUUUAAGGUCAAGAAAAGUUGAAGUGAGUUUACAGCCAGCGGUUUCAGCAUCCACACAACUUUUAUUAACCAUAAAGAACGAUACAGAAAAACACAUCGAGGUAGAACUCCGUAAAUUUUUGGCUAUUAAACAGACACCUGACUUUCAUACUGUUAUUGGGGACAUUGUAACAAGACUUCUGGGAAGGUGUAAAGCAGAACCAUCAUUUUAUCCCCGGAAUUGUCUGAUGCAGCUUAUCCAAACGCACGUGCUUUCCUACAGCUUGUGCCCUGGCUUAAUGGAAGUUGCCUUAGAGAAGACAGAUGUGCAGACUUUACAGCUCUGUCUGCAGCAGUUCCCUGACGUCCCUGAGUCGGUCACCUGCGCUUGCUUAAAGAUUUUCUUAAGCAUCAGUGAUGACAGUCUUCAAGAAACAGACAUCAGUGCAGAGUUGGUUUUUGGCUACAGCGAUACUGUACAAGAUGAGAAAAUGGAAGGGCAAACUGAAAUUAUGGAAAAUGGUUUCAACCCUAAAGAAGAGAACUGCAAUAAAGAAAAGCCUAAGGGUACCACAGAGGAGACCACUUUGAGCCCUGUAACACCAAAAAGAGCAGCUCUGCUUAGAAAUGCAGUUCUUCAUUCAGCAUACAGUGAAGCUUUCCUUCUGCCUCACUUGAAAGACAUUCCUGCACAACAUGUCACGCUAUUUCUCCAGUAUUUGUAUUUCCUUUAUCUGAAGUGUAGUGAAAAUGCUACUAUGACUCUUCCUGGAAUACAUCCUCCAACCCUGAACCAGAUUAUGGAUUGGAUAUGCCUACUUCUAGAUGCUAAUUUUACUGUUGUGGUAAUGAUACCAGAAGCAAAAAGAUUACUGAUAAAUCUUUACAAGUUUGUGAAAGCCCAGAUAAGCGUUUAUUCUGAGCUUAACAAGAUUGAAGUAAGUUUUCGGGAGCUACAGAAAUUAAAUCAAGAAAAGAAUAAUACGGAAUUAUAUUCAAUCGAAGUGCUGGAACUCUUCUGACUUUAUCAGUUCUCCUUCACGGACGUUUUACAAAGCCCUUUUAUGUGAACUCUUCUGACUCAUUCAGGCAAGAGAGGCGUUUUGUUUGUGGCCGACUCUCAGUAUCAAAAAUGUGUCAGCGACUGCCUGGGAUUGUCUCUCGUUGAUGCUCGCUAAGUAGAACUGCAGGUUUCAUGGGAACCUAUUCUUGUUUGUGGAUGUUGGUGGAAGAGGUUCUCAAACUUUUUUUACGCAUGUAACUGAGCUGAUUUUAAGUAAACUUACUUGUGUAUUGAUAAAAGUCUAAUUUCUUACAUGUUUUGAGUAAUUCUUUUAAUUUAAAAAAAUGCCAUUGAAGCAGUGAUUCUAGGAAGAAAGUAGUUUUAUCAGAGUCAGAGGCUGCCCUGGCUCAUCGGUGCUCAUGGCAGAAGAGGUCAAGUCCACAAGCAGGGCAGGGAUGGGGGCCUCAUGCAGGGGAGAGCUGUCUCCUGCAAUUUUCCCUUAUCUUUUACCCAUUUCCACUCACCUUCUUACCUACUCACAGAAACCCUGGUGGUGUAGUAGAUAAGAGCUACAGCUGCUAACCAAAAGGUCGGCAGUUUGAAUCCACCAGGUGCUCCUUGGAAACUAUGGGGCAGUUCUACUCUGUCCUACAGGGUUGUUAUGAGUUGGAAUCAACUCGACGGCAACAGGUUUUUUUACCUACCUAAAGAUUGAUUGAAAAGUUUCUCUUUCUGUUAUACCAUCUCUCAGAUUACCUCCAUGAUUAAUGAUAGCAGUCAGUUUAGGAUAUGAAAGUAUACGGUGAGACCUGUAAGAGCCAGACUUGAUGGGACUGCCUUGUUUUUUGAAGUCUCGCCGGUUUUCUGCCUAUAACAGGGUGCAGUCUUAACACUUUUCUAUCAAUCAUGUUAGUGAAAAAUAAGUUUUCCUUCUCUGACAGGUUUCUGCCUUACACACGUUCUGGCUUUCGCAGGUUUUACUGUAUUGCCAAAUAAUAAAAAAAAGCUCUUCUGAAAAUAGUUUUAUAGGUUGAUUGACCAUACUUUCCAGUUUUAACUGUUUGGUUUAGGACAAAUGAAAAUGUUUUAUGUCAAAGAAAUGGAUGUUUUUGUUUUUAAGUUAUAUUUAAGAAUUCAGUUUCCCCAAAGUAACGUAAAACCUUUCUGAGUUGUGAAUGAAAGCCUCUGUUGGGUAAAUAAUUUUGAAACCUGUUUUAAUGUGAAGGGUUGCAAUAUGCUUAAAAAAAAAAAACUCCUGUGAAUUCUAGUGCAUAAAUAUAAGUUCAAGUGUGAUUCUGGAGGCUAGAUUUACAGAAUGAUUGUUGUUUAAUUUAACUUGCAUUAACGAAGGCUUUAUUUUAGGUCACUCUAUGGAAACUUUGGAAACCCUGGUGGCAUAGUGGUUAAGUGCUGUGGCUGCUAACCAAAAGGUCAGCAGUUCAAAUCCACCAGGCACUCCUUGGAAGCCCUACAGGGCAGUUUUGCUCUGUCCUAUAGGGUCUCUAUGAGUCGGAAUCGACUUGACAGCAACCAGUUUGGUAUUUUGGUUUUCUCUGGAAACUUUACUCACAACUGUGGCAGCUCAUGAACAGGUUCUCCUCAGUCAUUCUUACUCUUUUUAGACCUGAAAGGAAACGCCAAAGAUAGGAGUUUGUAUUGUCACACUUUAUAUAAUGGGACCUUUUGCUCAGUCAUUUUUAACUACAGUGAUACAACACUUCUCAGCAGAAGUGAAAAAUGUAGGUCUUCCCAGUGUAUAUCCCCUUUUUAUCUUUGCUGAACCAUUUAAGAGUUACUUGGAGACAUCAGACUUUAUAAAAUUGUGAGCUUCUCAAUUUUUUCUAAGCUUCAGAGUAAGAUCUCCUUUAUGGUUUAGAGAUCCAUUUUAUGGGCAUUAAGAUUUGGGAUUUUCACACUUCUAGAUUAUAAACUAUUGAUAAUGUUACUCGUAAGAACCUAUAAUUAAGAGACAAAUCUGAUUGACUUGUGGAUUCUUUCAGCCAGAGAAAACAAGAUAAGCAACUGAAAUUCAGUGACAGUCAGUUCUAAAAGUGCCAUUUGCUUAGUGAUUCCUGAUUUGAUUGUUCUUGAAGAUGGCUUCUGCAGUGAAAAAUAACUUGCCUGGUCAGGAAUCAGACAAGGCCUUUGAGGGUGAAGAGGUAAGAGGGAGAUUUCCCCAUGCCCUCAGACUUUUGUCUAUUUGAGUAAACGUUCUAUAUAGCGUUCUUGUAAAGUCUAUUUAAGUUGAAUAAUUUGGGUUGUAGAAGCAUACCUAUUAAUGCUUAAAAUUUCUAGAAUGUUUUCAGAUACUUGAUAAAAUGUGGCUGCCAUACACAAGGAUAUAAACUAUCAUGACUAGCAGAAUUGAAUCUCAUUUUAAUUAAGCCGAAAAUUUUAAUUGCCUUUAAAUACCAGUUGCCUCUUGUUUCUAGGUUGUCUACAAUCAAAGUUAUUGAAUUUAGAAAUUUAAAAAGGAUUUUAGAGAAACAUGCAAAGACACAGGGUGAGUUCUUCAAGGCAAGAACUGUGUCUUACCCUUUCUGCACUCUGAGCACAGGACCAUAGCACAUGAUAGGUGUUCAGUAUUUGGUUACUGAAUAAAGUUAUUGAAUAGUGGAUUUUAUCUGUCUUACUGUAGAGUAAUAAUUCUUAGGGUUUGCAGCAGUUGCUUUUUCCAGGAAGUAAAUCGUCUGUGUUUGUUCACUAAAUAUAAACAGUGUUGUCUUCUACCUCUAGGGUUUUUUUCCACUUUUUUAAAAUUGUGGUAAAUAUGUAUGUAAUAAAACGUUUUCCACGUCAGCAGUCUUCACAUGUGCAGUUCACUGACAUUAGUUAGGUUCAUUGUGUUGUUCAGCCAUUACCCUUAUUAUCCGUUCCCAGAUUUUUCCAUCAUAGGCUUUUAUCUUUGUAUCACUAAAUUAUAUCUCACGUUUGUUUCUGAUUGCAUCUAUAUAAUAAUAAAAGAAUUGCUCUUUAAACUGAAGUUCUCUCUCUAGGAGAUGACCUCCUGCUGUGAACCUUACCUGUUUUCUGAAGGAAAUGGGGACUAAUGCAGAUAUCAUGAAAGUGUAGGUUAUCAUUACUACUUAAGAUUAUUAGACAUUUAUUCGCUUUUUUCUCUUAGCCUUCUUUGUAAAUGUUUGGUGACUAUCACUAUAGUGGAGUCUAUUCUGGAGCAUGUCUAGAACUUGAAAACAAAGAUGGACUUCUUGCCCCAGCUCCUUAUUUUGAAAUUUUUAAUCCUACAAAAAGUUGCAAGGAAAAUACAGUGAACCCAUAUUGUUGUUAGCGGCUCUCAAGUUGGCCCCUGACUCAUGUGACCCCACACCCGGUGGAAUCAGACCAUUGUGAUCCGUGGAGUUUUUAUUGGCCACUUAAAUUUACCUGUUGAUAACAUUUUAUCAUGUUUGCUUUAUCUCACACUCUAUAUUUUUCUUUUUUGCUGAACCAUUUGAGUGUUCCUUACAGACAUCCAGACACUUUAUACCUAAAUACUCUAGCUUAAUCCUCCAGAACAAGGGCCUUCUUCUCUAUAACCACAUGGCAACAUCAAUACAAUACUAUUAUCUAGAGUGAUUCAAAUUUCCAUAAUUGUCCCAAUAAUGUCUUUUAUAUAGCUGAAAUUUUCCCCUCUCCACGAGCUGUUCAAGGAUCAUGCAUUGCAUUUAGUUUUCAUGUUUCCUUAACCUAGAACAUUUCCCUAGACGCUGUCAUUUUUUGAAGAAUGUAGGCCAGUUGUUUUCCAGAUUGUCCCUCAGUUUGGAUUUACCUAGUUGUUUCCACAUGAUUAGAUUCAGAUUGAAUGUUUUUGGGAAGAAUGCUACAGAGAAGGACACAGCUUGUGAUGAGUUGUCUCAUCAUCAGUGAAAUUAAGUUGGAUCACUUAGUGAAGGCAGGGUUUACCAGAUUGCUUCACUUUAAAAAGCACCUCUCUUUGUACUUCAUAAGUAAUCUGUGUGUAUCUUUGAGACUGAGUGAAUACCUUCUCUGGAAUACUCUUCCUCCUCCAUGGUGGUUUUAGAUCUACUGGUAAUCCUUGCCUCUUCCAGCUUUUGGGUAGCCCAAGGUAUUCUUGGCUUGUGGCAGCCCGACUCCAGUCUCUGCCACUGUUAUCACAUGAUGUUCUUCCUCUGUGUCUGUGUCUCUUCUCUUUUUAUAAGGGCAUGCUCAUAUUGGACCGGUAAUAUCUUCAAAGACCCUGUUUCCUAACAAGGUCAUGUUCACAGAUACUGGGGGUUAAGACUUCAACAUAUUCCUUUGUGGGGACAGUUCAGUACGUCACAGUUGCCUUGCAUAUUCCUUCCCCAUUGAAGAGGUUUUAGUGAGCUCUGGAGUGAUGACUGAGUGGUGCAGGAGCCAUGAGGCUGUGACGUGUCAGUGUGAUUCACACCGUGAGUGGUCUUUGAGAUAGUUGUAAUAACCCCAUUCAUGUUGCAGAAACAAGUAUUGUGAAAGGGGCACCUUGAUGGAGAAUCCGCCAUCAUCUGACCACUGCCUCCCACAGGAGGGGGUGGAAAGUGAUGGCUGUCAAGAGUUAUAGGUGGUUUUCUAGAAUGGAAUGCCUCUCACAGGUCAUGAGCCCAGAGGAUAAAAAUCAGAAGUUAUGUCCUGGAGAUUAAAAUCAGAAAAGUAAGCCCAUCAGCUCUCAAGAGGGCUCAGCAGCCAAGUACUGUCACAGUUUGGGGAAGAGAGAACGAAUGUGGCAAAAGAAUGUGCCCACUCACAAGUUUGGUGUAAGUAUAAAUUGAUACAGCCUCAUCAGAAGGCAAUUUGGCAAUGUCUAUCAAAAUGUAAAAGUCAUGACCCUUUGGGCCAUCAGUUAAUAGGAAUUUAUCCUACAGAUAACUGGCACGUACACUCACAGAAGCACGUACAAGGAUAUUCAUUUCUAGCCUGUUUGCAAUGGCAAACAUUUGGAAGUAACUUAAAUGCCUGAGAGAAUACUGGUUAAAUAAAUAAAUAUGAUAAGUUAAUCUCCUGGUUUAAUUUAGAGGCAUUAAAAGAAGGAGGCAUCCCAUGGAGCUGCUGGAUGGGUUCAAACGGUCAACCUUUAAGUUAGCAGUCAAACACUUAACCAAAGCUCCUCUAAGAAAAUGACCUAUUCCAUAGAAGAAUCCUGAUCAAAAGGGGGAAAAUAUAGAACACGAUUUCAAAUUUUCAUGGAGUCUAGACUUUCUGGAGCCAUGGAGGGUAGAUGAAUUCCUGAAACUACUGCUCUGAGAUAAUCCCUAAACCAAAAAUAUCCCCUGAAGUUUUCUUAAAACCAAACAAUGCUUUAGCUUAACUAGUGGAAAAAAAAAAAAAAGUCUGCCUUGAGCAUUAUGCUCUUU